UAAAGAUAGAGCGCCGCUCACACUCCGCCAUUGUCUGGCGUCCAGCUGGAUCCUCUGUGGGCUGAGAUGACGACAGGAUCCGGUGUGUGUGUGUGUGUAGGGGCCGGUUCAGAGCAGCGUCUGAACUAGCAUCUCGCAGACGUCCGUUUGGUGAAGCUGCAGGUAAACUCCUUUGGAAUGGUCUGUUUGUUCCAGAGCGUCUGUGGAAUGUGCUGAUGGUCGCAGACGGAGGCUCCAUGCGGGUCUGAGAGGAAACGUCUAUCAAUGCUCUCCUGAGCCUCCGAGCUGAUCAGAUAAAUGAACUCCAUCUCUUCAGUUUUUCUGAUUUAUGGUAUUACCUCCUGUUUGAACAGAAAACUGAAGCUCUAGGAUGCAGUGGUGCAGCUGGAGGUCACACCUGCAAAGACAGCCUGCGUGCUCGGAGAGCGAAGACUCCUUCGACUUUCUGUUCAAGAUCAUCCUGGUCGGGGAUUCGGACGUGGGGAAAACCUGCCUGGUCCAGAGCUUCAAGUCUGGCAUCUUCAUGGAGAAGCAGCAGAACACCAUCGGGGUGGAUUUCACCGUUCGGACCAUGGAUAUUGAUGGGAAGAAGGUGAAGAUGCAGGUCUGGGACACGGCCGGACAGGAGCGCUUCCGCACCAUAACGCAGAGCUAUUACCGCAGCGCUCACGGAGCCAUGGUGGCCUACGACAUCAGCCGGCGCAGCACCUUUGAGUCGGUUCCUCACUGGAUCAGGGAGGUGCAGCAGUACGGAGCUGCCAGCGUGGUUCUGGUUCUCGUAGGGAACAAGUCGGACCUGCACCUGAAGCGACAGGUGCUGUUUGAGGACGCGUGCACGCUGGCGGAGAACAACAGCGUGCUGGCGGCUCUGGAAACUUCCGCCAUGGAGGCCCAGAACGUGGAGGCCGCCUUCAUCCUGAUGGCUCGGGAGCUCAUGGCUCGCAAUGGCGCCGCCAUGGCGGCGGAGGACGCCCCGCAGAGCGCCCUGCCGUUAAAGGGCAGCACCCUCCCCAUCCAUGUCAGCCCCCCACCAGACAAAAAGUGUGGGUGCAGAGCAAGCUGAGGAGAGUGGAAAACAGUAUUUAAGCUUUUAUUUUGAAAAGCUUGAGUGCUUUUUGUUAAUAUUCCUGACUGUUGCUGAACAUAACUGCAGUGGAGAUCUCUCCACAUGGAAGUUCUUUUAUUAGACCUACAACUUUUACAGGCUUUCAGAAUUUUUCACUCUUUUUUCACGCUUCUGUCCCUUCACAAUAAAGUGCCUCAUAUUGCACGGAUUGCUCUUUGAAUGAAGUAAACCGAAUUUUCUUCUCUUCAGAAGUUUCAUGAAUGCCAUCCGUAAAGCCUCACAGACUGUUAUAAUACCAGAUAUCCAUCUUCACCUCCGCAGGGAAACUUUGUGCCUUUUUUAACAUCUUCUGGGCAUUUUCUUAGUUUAAACAUCUGACUGCAAGCUAAUGUUUGUUACAAAUCUGAGUUAGGAUUCCCCUCUGUGAGUUAAAAAAAUAAUAAAGUUCUUCAUUUGAA